AUGAGACACACGACGACGGAAGGUGGUGGAGCUCUUCCUCCGUUGACCUCUCCCGUUGCAGUUGCGGCGGCGAAGGUGGAGAGAGCGUGCAACAGCCACAGCGAAGCGGAGAGGAAGAGGCGGCAGCGGAUCAACCACCAGCUCAGCAGGCUCCGCCAGCUUCUCCCCCACACAUCCAGAGUGGGUCCUCUCUCGCUGCCUUCCCUUUUCCCUGUUUUCAAUCUCCACAGUUUUGGGUCCUGCUCCAUAUUCAUCAGUUUUACGUCCCCUUCUGCCACAGAUGGACAAGGCAGGGCUACUGACGGAGGUCGUGAGGGAGAUACGAGACCUGCGGCGGCGCGCCGCCGAUGCGGUGGGGGUCAACGAGGCCUGCUGCGGCCGCUCGUUCCCGGGAGAAGAGGACGAAGUUCUCCUCGACUGCAGCGGCGACGGCGAAAGCGGAAGGACGGCCACUGCGUCGUUCUGCUGCCAGGACCGAAGCGGCCUGUUUAGAGACGUCGGCGAGGCCAUCCGGUCCUCGAGGAUUCGUCCGGCGAGGGUGGAGAUGGCGACGGUGGGGGGGAGGACGAAGGCGGUGCUCGUUGUUGACCCCCUGUCAACAGCGGAGGGAGAAGGGGAGCAGCAGCUCUCAGCUCUGCUGGCGGCGCUGCGGUCCGUCGUGGGGGAGGUUCCCUCCGGCGGCCGUGCGAUGGCGGCGGCGAAGAGGAUGCGGUCUCUGCAACUUGACGGUGGAUGUGCAUACUACUGUUAG